AUGCUGUUGGAAGAAUUAACGGCACAAUUAAACAGCCUUAAGGCAAUUGUUGAAAAGCAAUCUCAAGUCAUUGCUCAAACUGGACAACAAGUAUUAGAUAUCCAGGUGAAGAAUGUUAGGUCUAAGAUGGAUGAUUUUGAUGUGAACAAAAAAAGUAGCUCGAAUAUUGACGUUGACGAUUUUGUAACUAACGAAGAUAUCGUUCAAUUGGUGGGAGAAUUACAGGGCCAGUUGGAUUUCUUAGAAGACAGAAGUAUCAAGAGACUUUUCAACUCUGCGUUGGAUGAAAACUCUACCAACAUUAUAGCACCUUUGAGCAACCGCGAUGGUGAGGAACCCAGUGGUGAGUUAUACCCAAAAACCGUACAGCAAUUUUUAGAUCUUGAUGCAAGCAGUUUAGUUUUAUUAUGUGAGUUUUACGAAUUGGUUCAAUCCAAUGAGCCUGUUGACUUGGAGAAUGCCGAGAACUUGGAAGAGGCACAAAAGCAGUUGAGUGAGACUAGACCGCUCAACGAGCGAGUGGAAUCAUUGACACCGGGCCAGUUGGACGAGUUAAAGGACGAAUUAGCCAGGUACAUGGGAUUAAAAUUCAGAGCCCAAGAGGGCGUAUGGUAA